CUGGGCUUCAUGUGUUCUCUGAGCCUUUUCUCAACAAGAGAGACCUCAUCAAGAUGGAGCUGCUGCUGUUGGAGACGUUCAGCUGGAACCUGUGUAUGCCUACCCCGGCCCACUUCAUAGACUACUACCUCCAGGCCUCGGUGCAGGAGGGAGACCUGUACAACGGCUGGCCUCUCUCCUCCCUCUCCAAGACCAAAACCUUUAUGGACAAGUACACACACUACUUCCUGGAGGUGUCACUGCAAGACCAUGCGUUCCUGAGUUUCCGGCCGUCUCAGGUGGCAGCAGCAUGCGUAGCGGCGUCUCGUGUCUGUCUCCAGAUUUCUCCGAGCUGGACCACGUCUCUACACCUACUGACUGGAUACACCUGGGACCACCUCGCACACUGCAUCAAACUCAUGCUGCUUGCACAUGACAGCGACGUGAAGGAGGCCAACAAACCAAAAUCCACCCCUCCGUUGUCUCGAUCCGCCUCUCUCCAGUCUCACCCUCCUCUCUCCCACCUCUCCCCGGUCCCAGCCAUCCAGAGACCAGCUACCACCUCCUCCACCCCCCAGCAGCUCCUCUUCCAGCCCAGCCCAGUGGGCUUCCCACACCUCUCCCCCUCCCUGUCCCAGCUCCACGCGCUAGCCGACUCCCAGGCUUUGGGGCCUGCUGGAGUCAACAUGUCCCAGGACUUCCUCCAGAGCCACAGGAUGGGGCUGCUCACCGGUGCCAACACCAUGACCUCUACAGCAGGGGCCUUCCCCUCCUAUCCUAGCCUGACUUCGGGGCUGCAGCCUGGGGCUCGGGUGGCACCGCUGGCCUUGCAGGGCCCCAUCUCCAUGCAGGUAGCCUUGGCUGCGGAGCCGAGACACUGCCUCAACAUGGCCUACAGCCGGGGGUACCUGGGGGGCGUGGGCCCCCACCACACCUUCACGUCAGCGGGCUGCUUCGACAGAUGACGCCAGGAGACGGAGGAGAGGAUGAACAGCAAACCGCCCCGAGCCAGGGACAGGGAGCGCUACAAUCCUCUCCCAUCACUACUUCCUCCUCCUCUCCGCUCCCUGGCAGACCUCCUCUCUCUCCCCAUCAGCACCCCGUCCCCCUCCUCGGCCGCCCCCCGCCCUGCGCCCCCCACCCUCAGACAGAGACGGCGAGAAAGACGGCUAAAACACAAGCAAAGGUCAAAGGGCACCGAUGACCCCGUAGAGGUCAUCACACUGACAUGACACCUGAUGUCACUGCGACGUCACUGACUGAUGUUGAGCGCUGUGUUCCGAUCACGUCACAGGAACAUGAUUCCAAGGCAAUAGCAUUAACCCACUGUAGAAUGGUCACAGUAUGUCCCUGGUUAAGAGGCUGUUAUCACUGUGAACCAGAGGCUAUGCAGCAUGAUUCCUCCUCAGUGCCUCCUGUGUUUCGACCAGAGUGAUGUCUGUCUGUGAAUUCAGAUGAAGUGCUGCUGGGUCUCUCACUGUAAUCCAAAAAUAUCAACUCAACUGAAGAYGAGAAAUAGGCCAGUAAAGUCUUGAGCUGCUGACUUGGGAACAGUGGUAUGACUUGUAAUAAGCAGACAUACCAGUGAGUUGAAGAUGCUAUGUCAGUGUGUGUGUGUGUAUAUAUAGGCUUUAUAUCACUCUUAUGCCAGUGAAUAAAGGGAUUAUGUCACUAAGUGCUACAGGGGCCCUCUGAGAAUUCCUACCCAUAAUCCUCAAUGGAUGGAUGAGGAGGGGAGGCCAGAGUUCAUUGUUCUGUCACAGCAGAGGAAAUCCACAGUUAACAUACCUGUGAUGUUUUGGUUCUCUUCCCAUCCUCCUUCCUGUUGAGUGAGAGAGAAUAUUAAUGUAGCAUUCUAAUUCUAUGCUUGGAACUUUGAUGUGUACAUAAUGACAUGCUGCUGCCUUCUAUAUGAACUGAUGGUUCUGUGUGAGUUGAAGACUUAUUUUCAUGAACCACAGCGUAUAUCAGGGACUUGAUGUAACAGAUUACUUGAAUACGAUGCCAUUGAAACGUGACGUAACUUUUUAAUUUAAAUUKACAAAUUUGUUUGUUGCUUUAUUUUGUAUUCCUUGGUUUUGGUUUUUUAUAUCCUGGCGUGAAACACAUUUAUUUUUUAUGUUUUUAUUUAUAAAAAUGUUAAAAUGCCAUUGUAUAGCAACUGAAUAUUCAGGCUCAGGUUGUUAGGCUGAGGAUAUCCAAUCAGCCGUCUCCUUAUUGAGGAGGUUACCCAAUCAGCUGUUUUCUUACUAUUUCGUGUGCUUUAAGUAGAUGCUAGCAUGGCACCCAGGAGGGUUUCUCACUUCUCUCCCAGAGGAAGAGGACCUGCCUUUUAAAUGACAUACUAAGAUAUAUAAAACACACUCUUUGCAUCCUGGUGGAAUCAGUGACCUCGCGGUCGAUGAAACACACAGCCCAUCUGCAGCUUAUCACUAAUUGCUUCCCACAUUUCCAAAACUUCCACUUCCUGCUGGAACGUAAACACAUCCAGAUUCCCCUUCUGCGUCACAGGCGGUCUCGCUGGUUACCGUGGCGAUGGCCAAAAAUCUAAAUCAGGGGCUCACCCUCAGAAGGACAGUUGGAACGUUACAGAGUGUUUAGAUGCCCAUAACUGAUCUAAACAGCACAUUUCUAUCUGUUGUGUAGAGCAGGGAAUGAUGGAAGCUCUAGAAAUCACAUUUCUGUCUGCAACAGUGUUAACUUCUGGUCCCUUUCUGUCGGUAUGCUUUGAAUGUGUAAGUUUUACAAUGCUUGUACCUUGUCCCCAACAGUUUUCAGACUUGAACUAUGCUGAUACUACUAAGGCUGUGUUCUGAUUCUCAAUGUUCUAGGCUUAGAUAUCGAGACUAUUGUCAUUGAACACUAUGAAGCCUGCUUUAGGAAGAUAUCUGAAAUGUGUGUAAACUUUUUAUAGCAUAAACAUACCUUACUGUAGUCUAGAUAGUAUUUUACUACAAAUGGAAUGAAGGGCUUAGUAGCAACCAAAUGCAUCUUCCUGACUGAUCUUUUCUGAACUGUCAACCCCACUCACUGUAUGGUCAUCACUACUUUUAUAGACAAAAGGAUUCUGCCUUUUAAACUUUGUAUAGUUUUUUUUUUUUUKACUUUUUAAGUUWAAUUUUUAUUUAGUCUUGUUCUUCCUGUGUUAAUAAAGAUGGAUGCAGUCGGUGUGGAGUACUGGGUCAUAUUCAUUAGGCAUCAAACGGAAGAAGACUGACAAACGGGGAGGGACUAAAUAAGCUAUUCUUAUUGGACAAGUUCAUUUUCUGUUGCAAAACAUUUUUGCUACGGUAUGACCUAUUGAAUAAAACCCUGUUAAAGUAAAAGUACUCUUCCCUCACUAAAAAGCUUCUUCUCACUGAGGUCUCAAGGUAUUUUUGUUGGUAGAACCAUAGCAUUAGAAUGAUUCAUUCUGUUUAAGGCUAGAACUCUUCUCACAGCCCUCGCCACUGGUUCAUCUUUUGACUUAUUCUUUGACAUUAUUUUGUGAUUUGACUCCGUUGAUCCUUGCUGCCAGAAAGCAGCGAGAUCUGAACACUAAUCACUAUGUUGCAUAUUGCAGCCUUGACUGGUGUACUGCACAUAUUGCUAUAGCGAUACUGUGCUGAUAACACAACCACACUACUUGUCCAACGAAAUGACAUGAGAAAUGUCCCAGUGUUUUUGUUGACAAAGGGGCUUCUUUGAUCAGAUGAGCCAUUGAAAUAAACAAUAAACUGAUUAUCUUCACUGA